CCCAAACAGGAUCUCGCGUCCCUUUAUCGGCUCCGCUCCGUCCCCAACAAGGUUUUUUUCGACUGACGAGCCAAUAAACCCAGCGCGAGUAUGUACCGGUUCCUGUGCAUCGACUUGUCGAGGUCCCAUCGUCUCGGGCUUCACUUGACUAUCAUUACGACUGAACUGGAUUCUAACUGGUCCUGGUUCCAGCUGCGUUGGCAUGUCGCGAGCAAUCAUGCGACCAUCUUCUUCCGACAACACUGCUCUAACGACACGAAUGCCCAGUACAACAGCGGGCCCUAGCUCACGGAGAAGAUCAAGUCACUGCACACCCAGGCAACCAGGAAUCACGGCAAGCUCUGGAUCGACGUUUACGGGGCCCCACCUCUGUCACCCCAACAACAAGAAGAAGAGGACUUUUUUGCUUCUCAUUCGGAGCAGGUUAAUAACACGGCCCAAGGCGCAGCCCCCCAAGUAGAGGAGACCCCUUUAACCAUCAGUAACAAAGAAGCAGGUGAGCCAGACGUUGGUCCCAGUGUCGACUAUCUCAGCAUGUCUCCCAAAGCCUCAUUAGAAUCCGUCUCUGUUUUAAAGAAGAAAUCUACUGCCGCCAAGAAAGGGCUCGGUGCCAAGAAAGGGGGCCUGGGGGCCCAGAAAGUGAGCAGCAAGAGCUUCAGUGAGAUGGAAAAACACGCACAGGCGGUGGAUAAGCAGAAUGAGCAGGAGGCGGUGACCACAACCAAAAAGGAGGAGGAGCCUGUGGUCACGUCCCUACGUCUCGCCUACAAACAACUGGAAAUCCAGAAGCAAAAGGAUGACGAGAAGCUGAAGAAUUUGCCCCCUAAGAAAGCAGCCGAGGCAGAGCGUCUGGGAAUGGGCUUUGGCACCCGCAGUGGUAUCUCCCACUCGGUGCUCUCGGAAAUGAAGACAAUCGAGCAGGAGGCCCCAAAGAACGUGAAGGCCAAAAAGCUGUAUCAGCAGGAGGAGCCUGAGGAUUUGUAUUUCAGCGCCCCCCGAUCACGGUACCGAGAGGACCCCCCAGAACCUCUCAUCAGUUCCUUCUUAAAUUGGGAGGAACAAUCUGAUGAUUAUUGGAAAAACGACAAAACCAGCGCUGACCCAGACGUGUCCUUGACUUCAAAGACCACAAGUUACAACGACAGACCCGCAACUCGGCGUAAACAUGACGUAGAACCUGUGCCAACCACAGAUGAUGCCCAGAAAAAGUUUGGGAAUGCCAAGGCUAUAUCAUCCGACAUGUUUUUUGGGAAGCAGGAUAAUGCUGAUUAUGAGACCAGGUCUCGCCUGGAAAGACUCUCAGGAAACUCAUCCAUUAGUUCAGCCGACCUGUUUGAUGAGCACAAGAAAGACCCCGCGGGAAACUACAACCUGACGCGGGUGCUCCCCUCAGCCCCAGAUAUGGGCAACUUCAAGCAGGGAGUCAAGUCAGUUGCCGGGAGACUCUCCGUUCUUGCCAACGGGGUCAUGACAACCAUUCAGGACCGAUACGGAUCUUAACAUGAGGAGAGCCCCACAUCACUCUGAUCUCCCCUUUCCUCUCUCUGUUUAUUCCUUUAUUCAUCCUCCACAAAUCAUAUCCAGCUGGUACAUUGGUCCCUUAUAGACUUUGCAGCACCAAAGAAAAAGCCCCCCCCCAUCCUCUCCCCAAUGUUAGUGGCUGUGCAGCCUCCUCAGAGACUCAGGUACAGACAGAAAUAAAUAACUUCUAAUGAACAUUAUUUCUAGAACUAGAGAGAAUUCCUGUGUUGGUCCAUUUGCCUUAUAGGGUCGCUCAUUAUUACGCGGGGGGUGAGAUCUCCCCCCCCCCCAGUCCCCCCUGACCCACCUCUCAUGCUCGGCUUGUCUCUCCUAAAGAAAAUUCUACUUUUUUGCACCUUAUUGGAGAGCGGGAGCACAAUAGGGAAUUGGGAGCUGGGGGGGGGGGUUCUUUGUAUCAUUAAAUCUCUGCACAUUCCAUGAGUUGCUUCUCACUUAUCCUUCCUCUUGCAUGGGGGGGGCACUAGCUUUGCACUGUGUGUUAUAGAUCAUUAGUGGGCCCCAAAACUUUGGGAAUAUAAUUCAUUUAUAUUGAACCUCAGUAACCCCCCCCCCCAGGUUCCUCCAUAGUUUCCCUUGGCAUCACCCUCGUCAUUGGGGCCUUAAUUGUGUUGCUGGACAAUCAGAAGUGUCUGCGUCUCAAUCUGUAGACCAGGUGCCUAAAUUGUGCCUCCCCUCAAGCUGCAAAGGCUGUUGGGAGUUGACGUUCUACAAUUGAUAUGGCUGCCAUGUUUGUACUUGUUUUAAGAGGAGGGCGUUUGCAAUUAAUGUACCCCAAUAUUUAUAGGAAUGGAACUAUAUGUAUAUAUUCACACAUACAGGCAAACAUAGGAUCUGUUAUCCACAAUGGGGCCUGUAAGGCAGAUUUCCAGAUAACGGAUCCCAUUCACAUAUAUAGGAGACUGAUCUAUAUGCAAAGUUUGAAACUAGAAUAUAAAUGUACUUGAAAAGAAAUAUAUUUGCUCGUUUUGUUUGGGGAAUCCGGUUUCUAUGGUUACAAGGACAACUUGCUGUGUUUUAGACAGCAUUUUUGUGCAUUGUCAGACUUCAUUUUGUUUGGGGGAGGGAAAUCUUUUUUUUUUUUAUGUGUGGUCAUGUCCUGUACGUUUGGGUUGUUCCUCUGACAAUGCUGACGCCAUCUUUGUAUCAAUUUGAAUUCUGUAUUAAAGAUUAGAUUACAA